UAGUACAGCCUCAUGUUUCCCUACCAACUGCUGGGCAUUGUCACAACACAGAUAUACACAUGACAUCAGCAUGGAGCUGGUCACUGGGGGCCUGUAUGCCAUGUGCCUGCACUAUACGUUUGGGCCCCACAAUAACAUCAGAUGCCAACUUGGGGGCAGGGUGUGUGUGUGAGCAGAAGUGACUGUACUGAGGGCCACAGGAUGACUGAGAGGACCUUUGGGGCCAGAUAACACCUUUAGCCCCUCCCUCCAGGGCUUGGUAUACAGCGGGCCCAUGGCCCUGUUCCCAAAGGAGUCUGAGGUCCAUGUUCUCGUCUACAACAUCCUCUCUGCUCAGCCACUCACUUGGCCAGGGGCAAGGUCACUGUCCACACAUUGGUGUGAACAUCAGAAUUCACUUCCUGUCAUGAUUUAAUUCUGCCAUUUCACCUCAUUGUAAAUCCUAGGCACAGGAGUCUAUGUGGCACUGCCCUGACUACAGUUCUACCCUGUCUCCAGCUCUUACACAUCAUCACAUCAGCAGAGGUGGGCUUGCCCACAGCAUCAGGCCCAUGCUACUCUGUCGUUUGUCUGGCACUUGCUGUCACAGGUUGGGGCACACCUUGCCUAAAAGACAUUGUUUAAGGGAAAUGUUCAACACAGCUACUCUGCCUUACUAGGCUAACAAAGCCGGCCCUGAUUCUUUUGUGGGGACUUUUCAUCAGAAACCUGGGAACACUCUGUGUGACCUCAUAAAUGACCGGGCCACCUCAGAUGAGCCUCUGUUUUCUCAUCUCUAUAAUGGGAGGUUGUCUCAGGACUCGUGGGCUGUUUUUCAUGCAUGGAGUUAUAUACGACCUCUCCACAGCUAAUGAGCUGGUCUGAUAAUGCUAGUAUUUAUGGGAAAUCAGUAUUCCCAGAGCCUGGCAGAGGGCUGCACAGCGAGCAAGGUGCAGGCAAAUGCACUGCACACCCUGACAGAGGCCCCAGAACAGGACUUCCUGGAUAGGAAGAGCAGGUCCACCUCUUCUGUCCUUGACUCCUCACUGGAGCUCAACCCCCAGGUGGAUUCCCUGGGUGAGUUUCUCCUGGACCAGCUGGAGCCUCCUGAACCCCCUGAGGCAGAGCCCCAGGAGGACUGUGUGCCAGCUCCAGCCUCCGAUGAAGUCCCACCUGCUGACCUCCUGCCCACUCCACCUGCAGCUCCCUCACCAGCUCUGGCCCCACAACGAGAGCCAACACCUGGAACCUCUUCACCAGCUGCAGAGCUGGAACUCCUGGUGGCUCAACAGCAGAUCUCAUCUCUUGAACUCUACAGGGAGGUCUACAGAGCUCUUGACCCACACCCGCCAUUCCCCUCUCUUACUGAUUUACUUAUUAUUGUAUUUAUUGCUACCCUUAUUUCUCAGAGAUAAGUCAAUGAUAGAAUUAAUGUAAAUAAAAUUUAAGAUUUUUGUCUUGUUUAAAAUGAUCAGCUCACUGCAUUCUCAGUCAUUUGCAAUGUUGUGCAACCUUCACCACUGUCCCAUUCUACAACAUUUCCCUCAAUUCUGUACCCAAAGGUAUUUCCUCCCCUCUCCCCUCCUGCUAGAUCCUGGCCACCACUCAUCUUAUGUCCCUGUAACUUACCUAUUGUACAUUUUUCUUUUUUAAAAAUUUUAUUUUAUUGGGGCCGGGGAUU